UACCCACCUCCACCACCACCAGCUCCAGGAAUGGACUGACUUUCUAGCUUCACCACUGCUGAUAAAUCCACUCUGUUCCCCCACCACUCCUCGGAUAAACGUUCAGAGUUUAACUCCAGCUUGGGGUUUUUAAUCUGAAGUUGCCGUUUAGGCGACAACGCAGAUUUUCCUCUCACGCGACUUAUUUGUAGCCGUUGGACGAAGCGGGAUUCAACUUAAACGAACCCGCAGACAUUUUGUUAUUUCUGAGAAUUAGACCGUUUUUUUCGUCCUCCUCCUCUUCUGACUUUUUUUCAUCAGUGUAGUCGCAGCUGGCUGAGGCGAGCCAACUGUUAAAGGACCACCACACGGCGAAGAGGGGGAAACCAUUACCCUCCCUUGCUCGCUAGCUUAAACCCAAACACCGCUGUGUGCUCAACGGUUUUAAUUUACAUGCGUUGGGCUCGCUUCGCUGCCGUUGGUGCGUUAACGCGGAAGGCUUCGCAACAGCGAUGGAUCAUUUUGACUGACAGCUUUUGAAGAAUUAGCUAGCUUAGCCACUGAUGGUGGUUUCCCGUUCACAGACACAGUAAAUACGGGGUCGGGACAGGUACAGCUUGAAUGGUCUUGCAUCACCCAGACGAGACGCCGACUCUUUUACCUCGCUGAGUGCAUCACUUGUAUUCGGCUUAAUUUUUUAGGGGGGUCGCUAGCUACCGUUAGCUAGUCAUCCUGCUAACGCUGGACAGCUCCUGUGUAAGGCAGGGCUAGCUUUGGACAAAGGACCAACGCAAGGAAAAAUAUAAACACAGGGCACUCAGUUGGUCGUGUUUGGGAAGGAAAGCAACAAACAAGGAAUUGACAUGAUGUUUCCACAAUCAAGACACUCAGCUUCAUCGCAGCAGCUGAAAUUCACAACCUCUGACUCCUGUGACAGGAUCAAGGAUGAGUUCCAGUUCCUUCAAGCACAAUACCACAGUUUGAAGCUCGAGUGUGACAAGUUGGCCAGUGAGAAGUCAGAGAUGCAGCGCCAUUAUAUCAUGUACUAUGAGAUGUCCUACGGACUUAAUAUUGAGAUGCACAAACAGGCUGAGAUAGUGAAGAGAUUGAACGGGAUCUGCGCACAAGUCCUCCCCUACCUGUCUCAGGAGCACCAGCAGCAGGUCCUGGCAGCCAUAGAGAGGGCCAAGCAGGUCACCCCCCCAGAGAUGAACUCCAUCAUAAGGCAGCAGCUCCAGGCUCACCAGCUGUCUCAGCUCCAGGGCCUGGCCCUGCCCAUGACCCCCUUGCCGCUGGGCCUGAGCCAGCCGACCCUCCCGGCCGUCACCACCUCCUCCGGUCUCUUCUCCCUCUCCUCCCUGCUGGCCUCCCAAGCCCAGCUGGCCAAGGAGGAGAAAGCAUCACGUGACGGAGUCGACAGCCACCGCGAGGAGGACGGAGACAAGUCCGAUUAGGUGGUGUCCCCAUUCAGCUCUGUUUUUGUCCAGAGACCUGAAUCCCCCAGAUCUGAGCUCCCUUGGCCUACAGCCUCUCCCCUGGUCUCCCUCUCUCUGACCUUAGCUAACAUGGGCUUUAAUCCUAUCACACGGCUCCAGCUACAGACCCCUAACCAACUCUCACUACUGGGAGGGCUUUGGCACCUGCCCCUUAUAUCAGAUGAGUCCUGAUCCCUUCAUAUUUACAUCCAUAGGUUGUUUCUUUAUCCUCCCUCAUCUGUAUCAACAUCAGAGUGUCUCCUGUGUCUUUUUCUUCAAAUGUCCCUUUUUUGUAUCUGAUUAAGCUUCUGUUUUAUGUUUAUUUUCUUUUUUAUCAGGACUGCUCUCUAUUUCUGUUCCUUCCUGCCUUCCUGCCGCUCCAUCUCUCAGUUCUUAUUCCUGUUUAGUUUCUGGUUUUUUUUUUUCUCUGCCUCCCACUCUCACCCACCUCUUGCCUCUGUUCUAAGCGGGUCCUUUUUAUGCAGGACUGAUCUGUGAGACUGAACGCACCGUACCGUAGGUGUUAAAACAGGCUAAACGUUAAACACAGGGAUUCUUUGGCAGGCUGUAACACUUGUCAGACACAACAUAGGAUUCCUACAAACUUCCAAUUUUCCUAAGAAGGAGGUCUGACAGAGAUCAGUUGAUAUUUUUGGCAGUACAGAUUGCAUGCAUUCAUUCCAAGCCACAACUUGGCUUUGAGUUUAAACGGUGGAUUGUAAUGGAUCAGAGUAGUGUUUAAACAGUGUCCUCGUGCCCCGGCUAAAGAGAGAAACAUCCCACACACACACACACACACAAGUCCGAACCAAAACCUGCUGCUUUCAGAGCAGGAUCGUUGUAUCAAGAAUACGUCUCCAGAUUUUGUGUAUAAUCCUAAAUUUAUAUUGAGAAAGGGAAAGCACCUUCAUGCUGAGAGCUGUCAGAGCAGAUAACAAACCCACAUUAGUAAGUAAUCCCCCUCGACUUAAGAUCCUCACCUGACCCCGUGAGGUACAUUAGAUAAAUCCACCCAGCACCUUAACCGAAGGCAACAUUUUCCCCAGUAGUUAAGUGAACAGAGAUGCCGCACCUCCCCACCACCUUUUGCAUCUUUAAUGUGCACUAAUAUUAGAGCGGGCACCGAAGGGAGACAGUGUGCAUGUUGUGUGUUUGACAGCAGAGGGCAGUGUGUGUCUUCCUCCUCACUGGGUCCAGAGCAAAACAAGGACAGGACAAAGACAGAGUACAGGCUGUGUCACGAGGGGGAAUGGCUUAUUUAUCCACUCUGUGUGUACUAACUUAAUAUACAGAGACUUGACUGGUGACAUUAAUCUCUGCAUGCGGUCAGUCCCAGUCUCUGCCGUGAUCCAGUUCUUGAGGAAAAACUCUGUUUUGUGGAACACAGAAACACAACUGGACGUGUGCUUUUGACCCCUUCUGUAAAAUCUGAUUUAAAUACUGUACAUUUUGAUUCACUGUACAUAUACAGGUGUGUCACACAUCAGACUAACACUACAUUCUAACACCUACGUACAACACCGAGUGAGAAAUUUCCACAACCCAACACAAUUAUAUCAGUGCAGAUCACACAGCUGAAGCACUGGCGUCCUCCACAUCUGCUCCAAAGAGUAAAAACUCCCCCACAGCCUCACAGGCCCUGUUUUCAAUUAGCUUGUCCGAUUAGGCCUCUCGUCAGGUGGAAGUUGGCUGAAACUAUGCUGGGAAAAAUGUGAAGUAACCAAACUCUGGUUGUGCUCAGAAUCUCAGUAGCAGAUCUUUACAGUGCCCUUAAAAGUUCCCACAAAUCCAAACUCCACAGGGAAACUUUAAGGCACUUGUGUGAUUGAAUUGCCCAGCUUGAAUUGACAGUUUUAUACUUCCCAUUACAUUUAGAUUUAAUUACUUAAAGAUACAACUUUGAUAAUCUUUUUAUUUUCUGUUCUCUUUGGCGGCACCUGUGGUGAUAAGCAGUAAUUGUAGGUGUGUUUUUGGCUCGUACUUUCCAGAGACCGAACAGUGUCACCCUCUAUUAAAAGUUGAAUUAGUUUCUUUUAAUUUGGAUUUGCACUUGUUUCUGAAGUUUUGUAGUCUCAAGUCAUCGGUCUUUUCUCUCUUUGGUGAGUCACAAUAACCGUUUGCCUGCAACGCUUGCAGAGACCAGGAAAAAACAGCCCGCCGCCUCGCGUACAAGUGAGUUGAAGAGCAAUUCAUUGCGUUAGCUCUGCCUACCUAAUCUAAUGGAGCAACCACUGCUUGGUGAUGGAAAAUGCGUCACUAACUCUGCAUCACUUGUGAUUUUUCUUGGGAACAAUGCCACAGACGCCCAGUUCGUAAUGCUGCAAAUGCAGGGACUCUUUUCCGUGGGCAAUAUUGCAUAACUUUAUGUGGUGAUAGUGACUUAACAGAUAUUUGUUUAAAUGAAAAUCUUAAAAAAAAAAAAAAUGUGGCCAACAUUAGGCGUCCAUAUUUCUUUGGCUUUCAGGCGCUUCUGUGUUAAGUCAGACACAUCAGGGCUUUCAAAAAAAUAUCCUCAGUCGGCAAUUACAAUGUUGAUGUUGACGUUAAUGCUGUUUACAGGUUGGAAGCUGUACCUCCGAUAUGACACGAAUGCGGCAUAACGAAAGCAACUAAACCACUAGAAUGCUGCAUUGGUAUAGUUCCUUUAGAACCGUUGAAAGUCGUACCAACAUGUACCUCAUCUGUAGACGUGUCGGUGAAGAUACUCAGUCAUCUUAAUCAUAAGUGCUAUAUUGUAGGCAACUGGACAGUCUGGAACUGAAGACGCGUUUUGGAUGAGAGGCAAAAUGUCUUCAAGAAACACAAGCAAGUCCAGUUGCCUACGAUGUAGCACUUAUGCUUAUCCAUAGAGCUGUUUUGCUUUUCCACCACAGACAGACUCUCAAUGUAGGUGGGGUUGUUAUCAGAUGGUAGUAGUCAUAUCGCUGCUCAUCCAGUUCUUUCUGCAUUUUCUCUUUACUGAUGAUUCAGAGGAAUGUCUGAACCUCAUUGUUCGUGCACAGAAUGUGGUUGCGAAACAUUUUCCAAACAAAAAGAACAGGCUGGAGUGUUUAGAGUAUCAGUCAUCAUCGACUGGAUAUUUAAAAAUAGUUGGCUUGAUGUUCGUUGAGUCCUUGUCGUGCAGCAGUGACAAUUCACUCGACCAUACAACAGACUGCAGCUUUUCUAGCUCCACCUUUUAGUGUCGGAUCAGUGUGCUAGGUACCUCGACAAAGGUGUCGUGUUGAUACUAUUCACAACAAUGGAAACGCAAAAUAACUGUUCUAAUGUGUAACAAACUGAACUGAACCGAAUCAGACUGCUUGGUGGAAAGAAGAUGAGUGAGAUCCUAAGAAGAGGUCUAAUCAGGCAACGUGUAAACACCUGUGUAGGUUGACUAUGGGGGUGCAGGGGCUUUAACGGGUCCAACCCUAUAAGACGUCUUCUUUUGACAACAUGAGACGGGACUGAACACGUACACCUCCUUUAAGGUGUUUGCAAACACAUAUUUCCAGCAGAUGAACCCUCAGUGGUGAUCGGACCCCCUGACAUUUGGCGGCGGCCUGUAUAUGAAGUUGUUUUAUAUAAACCCCACACACACAUACACAGAAACAUUUCUUACCCUCCUCUCUCUGGUUUUAAGGCUACACUGUGAGAAUGAAUUGAUGUAACGUAUGAGAUGCUUUGAUUUUUGGAGAAACACCACUCAGAACGAUGUUUGGCACGAUGAUGAUGAUAAAGCACAUUUUAUUGUUGAAGUCAUUCAGAAAGCAAAAGUAAACAAACUGCACAUUAGAAUGAAACCCUCCAUGUGUCUAUAAGUUCAGAUGACUUCCUGUUGGUGACGUUGGUGGGAUGAAUCCUUCGAUGAUGCCCAUUGUUGUGUAUGUAUGUGAAUACAUAAACAAGGUGUGUAUAAGCAGCUGUACAGGUUUGAUACACACACACACACACACACACACACAGAUGAAAUGCAUUGCUGUUGUUCCUACAACUGAAGCUAACACGCUAUUCUGCUUGUGAAUUAAGCUCGCAGCACACCGUCCUCCCACAUACUGUAUGUGUCUAGCUACAAACUGUACUUGUCGUAGUGAUAUGCAGAGCGUGUAGACAAAGCGACACACACACACACACACACACACACACAUCAGUGCAUGUCUGCUGGGGAACUGAGAUUGAUUUCUUUCUAGUGGAGACAUUUUUUCAAAAGAAUGUUUGGUCCAAACUUUCUGUGAUCAAUGCACUUGUUUUUUUUUUGUUUUGUUUUUUUAUCCUCUUUGUUUUUAAAUACUAAUCAAUAUGAACUAGAAUGAGAGUUACAAAGCUGACGUUAUAAACAUACAAAUGAAAUUCUAUGUAUUUGUUAAAGUAGUUGGAGGCGCCGGCCUCUGUAUACAGUUAUACAUAGAAAGCUUUAUGUGUAUAUAGCUGCAUCUUUUCUUGUCUGUCCUGGAUGAUUCUUGUGCUAUUGUGUUACAAAACUGAUGUGACACCAGGGGGGAAACUGCAGUACGUUGACCUUUUGCCCUUUGACCCUCUUUCUGACCCCCAUCCUCUCUCCGAUCCCCUUUACUCCCACACCACGUCCCACCUUCCCGACUUUUGGCCCCCAUAGCGUGAAGCAUUGUAAGCGUUUUGAGCUUUGUAAAGGUCUUUUUUUAAAUACUUAUUUUGUGCAUAAUGUAAAACCUGAAAGUGUGUACUUUGGCAAAAAAAAAUGUUUUGUGUCUGAAAUCAUAGCUUCAUUGAAACAAAAAAAAAGAAACUAUAAAAAAAAAGUACAACAAACAUUUACUAUAAAUAAUAUGAAAUGUUCUGCAGUAAGGAAGGACUUCUGGUGCCUUACAAAUAAAGUCAAUCAAAUCAUAAGAA